AAUGGUGAUCAGGAAAGUUGAAUGUAUCCCACAAGGAUCCCAAGUUUAGAACCAAGAUUUCUGUUCGGAGCUGGCUUUUAAUGGACCCUAUUUGUUCUCAGUUGUGUUCAUAAAACCACAUAAACGUACCGUAUAACAAGAUGUGUUUUAUGACCAGCUCAUUCAUGGAAGACGUUCAUGUCGACGAAUUCUACCUUGGCUUUUAUUGAUAUUUUGAUAAUUAUUGUUUAAAGUAAUGCUGAAAAAGGGUGAGGCCAAUUCGUGGUUAUCUUUGUGACAUGAUAUUAAUAUUGGUUGAUUAAUAAUCAACGGAUAUACCAAUGCAAAAUCUAGAUAACGUCAGGUACCUGCUCGGUAGUAGAAGAAACUGUUAUUCUUCCCGCUUGAAAUAUACAUCCUGUGCUCGCCGACAAGAGAUAAUUAAAGGCAAGGAAUAAGAUAUUAGUUGAUCCAGUAAAAAAGUUAUUACAUUGAACGGUAUGUUGAAAAAUCAACCUGGGAACAGUGUACGCUCUCAUCAUGCUUCGAAUACUGAUCUUUGCUUGGACCAUAAACUUUAUACAAGGUGAAAACGAAGCACGACUUGUAUAUAAUUUAUUUGAAAGGACCGGUUAUAAUCCAUUAAUCCGCCCAGUAGAAAACGUCUCACAAUCAUUAAUGGUGAACUUCUCAUUAGCUCUUAGUCAGAUUAUUAAUGUGAAUGAAAAAGAUCAAGUAAUGAAGACCAAUGUGUGGUUACAAAUUUACUGGAACGACUACCAGUUGAAAUGGAAACCAGAAGAUUACGGAAAUAAACGUACAAUUCGAAUCCGACCCGAGUCUUUAUGGACGCCAGAUAUAGUAUUAUUUAAUAAUGCCGAUGGUAACUAUGAAGUUUCCUACAAAUCGAACUGUGUAAUAUAUAAUUCAGGCGAAGUGAACUGGAUUCCGCCAGCUAUUUAUCAAAGUUCGUGCACAAUUGAUGUCAUGUAUUUUCCGUUUGAUCAACAAAUUUGUCACAUGAAAUUCGGUUCAUGGACGUUUCGCGGCGAUUCUCUCAGGUAUGUCUUCAAGGGUGGUCGCAAUAAGCUGGAUUUAACGGAUUAUUUGAAAAGUGGAACGUGGGAUAUCAUAGAUUGUCCAGGUGAAAUUGUAAACGUAACGGACCUUUCUAGUGGCAAAAUAGAACAGCAGAUAAUAUUUAAAUUCAUUCUAAGAAGGAAGACAUUGUUUUAUACAGUUAAUCUGAUCAUACCGUGUGUGUUAAUAUCCUUUGUGAGUGUUUGUGUGUUCGCGCUUCCUGCUGAUGCUGGAGAAAAAAUCACUCUUUGUAUAUCUAUUCUUCUUGCGUUAGUUGUGUUCCUGCUCCUGAUUUCGAAAAUUUUACCGCCAUCAUUGAAAAUCCCUUUAAUUGCAAAAUAUUUAUUAUUCACGUUUAUAAUGAACAUUAUCGCCAUUUUGAGUACUGUUAUCAUUAUUAAUCGAAACUAUCGAACUCCUAGAACACAUCGGAUGCCUCAAUGGAUUAGGAUUGUGUUUCUUAAAUAUAUGCCAAUGUUUUUAUUAAUGAAGAGACCUGACCACGAUGAACGAUGGCAGAAGAAGAACUUCUCGCCGCCGCCAUCUUAUCAACCCACUCCGGAAACGAGGCGGGUGAAUCUCAAUAUGAGGUCGUCAGAACUCAUGGAACUUACUGAAAUGCAUCAUCCCCAUUGCAGACUUAAUACGAGAAUGAACUCAUUAGAAAGAUCUACGAAUGGGGAGGGAGGGAGUUCAGAUAAAUACAUAAAAAUGACACCCGAAUUGUACAGAGCAACAGAGGCAGUUCGCUUUAUUUAUCAACAUUUACGAACUGAAGAAGAUUAUGAAACGGUAUUAGAUGAUUGGAAAUAUAUGGCCCGUGUGUUAGAUCGUCUUAUGUUAGUAGUGUUUUUAACAGUAACCUUUGGAGGAACUAUGGGCAUUUUGCUUGAUGCUCCUCAUAUACUGGAAUAUGUAGACCAAGAUCAGAUCAUACAAGACAUCAUGAAACAGUUUAACGAUGAAUCUGUUGGUACCUGAACUGUUCUAUAUUUUACAUUAUGUUCUAUUUUUAGGCGAAUCUCACUCAAAAUCAGCGGUACACGACAGUGCGUGAUUGUACAUAAUGAUUUGCCAAUUAAUUCUCAUUGGCUAAUUUAUCGUGAAUGUUUAAGGAUCAGCUGGUCUGAUGCCUGUUUAUGAUUGGUUAGUUUGUUUGAUGGACAAGGUGGCGGGAAGUCAUUUUUGCACGUCAUAACUACGGUACGCACUUCAAGGAAACUUGUUCGGGUUUGUUGUGAGUUUUCUGAGUAGUGACAUUUUAAUUCAAAUUGAAGAAUAGAUUUUAAUGACUGCCUUUGUCAUAAAUACUAAACUUCCGUUUUCUAUCUUUGUAUGACUACCGGUAUGUGUAUAUAUAUAUAUUACAUGUAUAUACAUACAUGUAGAUAUGAAUGAAUAUUUCUGACUUGUGACGUGUAAGAAAACCAAAUUAUUUUGGUCUUACAAAUGACGUUCAAGUGGCGAAAUGAACGUUUGUGAAAUGAGCAAUAUACGAUAAACAUAAAUGUCCCAGGUUUCCCGAAAAUGAUUCGGAACACACAUAAUUGUUAUUUAGAUAUUUUUUAGAAUUGACAUUGUUAUAUGUUAAAUCUGGUUAUGUCCAUAUGCGUACAAGAUACGACCUUUGACCUUAUUCUCGAAAUCUCAACUAUCUCAUUAUAAAAGCCUACUUUCAUAUACAAAGACAGUAUUGUUUUAAAAAUGUUCCAUGUUGCUGAUCAGUUAAGCUGUACUGCCUAUGGUACUUUUUAUAUAAGUAUCGAAAACUUGUCCUCCUAACAGGAAAUGAAAUGAAAUGGGGUUUAAAGUUCAAGCUCUGUGCUCCAGCCGGUCUUAUAAAGACUGGCAUACGCCAUGUAGUUUGUUUUGAGAGAAUUUUUGCCAAGACACAAGACAGGUGCGUUUCCGCUUACUCUUUAUCGAGUUCAAAGUUUCAUGGCUGGAGAAUCUAGAAUGCAUCCUCCCGGCCAACGCCGUGCUCGAGUCCGUGAGCCAAUGGGCCACCAUCGCUUAACCUCCGAACAGGAAUACGUAUUAUAUUGAUUCAUAACAGAAUGUAUCCGAUUCAGCUAGUCUUUUUCUAAUAGAAACUGUUUGUCUCCGGGUAUAGACUGCAGGAUAUAAAUUUAAUUGUAAUAUAAGUACCUACUUUCUAGGAAAGGAACAAGCACUUACGCCUCAAAUCAUAACAUAAAGUCUCAUUGCGUCAGUUUGGCGCAAAAGGAAUCCCUUGCAAACGAAAAUGAUUGGAAAGAUGAAUCCGUUCAUAAUUUAUUUACAAAAUAUGUUGAUUCAAAUUUCAUCGAUCUAUGCUGCUCGCUAUGUAAUAAACCCGCCACCAUUUUGUUGUUCGCGAACAUAAUUGAUGGGCUCCAGGAUGGGAGAUUAUGUAGUGGGCCACCUAACGUUGGUACUUUGAUUUUGUCUUCUUUAUUAUAUGUCAAAUAAUCAAUCUGAGAACAUAUUAGCGUAUAUUAAGCUAAUAAUUGAUAUUUUAGCGACAAAUACAAAUCACGCAAUGGGACUUUAAUAUAGACAAAGUUUUCGUGAAUAUGGUCAAAGGUUAGGUCUAUUAUUAUUGUGUAUAAAGAACUACGUAAUAUAUAUUAUAUUAUAUAUCUUUUUGAAAAAUGCUAUUUUAACGAUGAUGUAUAGAUUGUAAUUAUUUCUUCUCAUCAACUAUUUGUAUUAUAUCACAUUGACAUUGAAAACUGGAAUUUUCCCCUUUUAACAUAGAAAUCCAAAAAUAACUGUUUAAGUAGACAAUAUGCAAUGUUAUGUUAAAAGUUUU